AUGAGUGAAUCAGGUGAAUCCCAGGAUCGUCACGAUUAUCCCUGGUUGCAGUCGGAGAUCCAGGAGCUGGAGCAGGAGCUCGAGCUUGAGCUGGACUCGGAGCAUGAACGGGAGCUUGAAGACGCUCUGGACCAGGAGUGGGAGUGGGAGAAGAAUGGCGGCGGCGAGCAUCUGAAUCAGCAUGACCAUGACCAUGACCAUGCACAGCAGGAGCAACAGCAGCAGCGUCACACACUUCACUUCCAGCAGGAGGAGCAGGUCAAUCCUAGGAAGGUCUUUAACGCUCGGCCGCCAGCGAUGGAGCGUGAGGAGAUGAAAAGCCAACGGCAGCUGGCGAUGGAGGCUCUGUUCAGCCGGGAGACGUCGGAGGCACAGUGGGAGGUUGCAAACUUCUUGUCCAUCCGAGAGCUCGAGAGCGCCAUGUCCACUAUCUUCCGAACAAGAUCGACGCCGGGAAAGAUUUUAGAGGCAAAGAGCAAGGCGCUGCUUACUCCCCUCUCACCCCUUAAGUAUUCUCCUCCUCCUCCUCCUCCCUCCCGGCUCUUGCGAGUGAGUUUUGGCCAGCCCAGCGAGCUGCGGGUAGGCAACGAGAAUGAGCAGAAGGACUUGGCUGUCUCAGUCGCAGUUUAUGACGGGCAGGAAGAGAGCACGCAAAUGACCGUCCUCACCGAGGGAUGCGAAGAAACUCUGAGCCUCAACUUCGACCGGGUCUUGACCUUCCCGGUGCGGCUAAGACAGGAUCACCUCCGCAUCCGCUUCUCACUCUGGGACCAUGGCAAGUCUCUCUUGCUCGGAGGUUCGGAGCUUCUUUUCCCUCGAGGUCUCCCGCCCCAUGCUCGAGAAGAGCGCUUGGAGCUGCGAAAGGUGGGUGAGGCUUCUCCUCAGGCCGUCGGUUGGGUCACGCUCACCCUCGAGCUCCUGCAGGACGGGCAGGUCGAGCAGACGAUUUUUGGCGCGUGUUGUGACAUGCUUGCAAAGCACUCGUACGAGGAGAAAUUCGCUCGAGAUCUGGCGGCGACGGUGGGACUGAGCCAUGACCAGCUGGAGAUGGUUGGGGCGGAGGGCUGGAGGCGAGAGACGCAGAGGACCGGGAGCAUCUUCCAUCUCAACGUCCAGCAGCUCCCCGCCGGACAUGCCGGGCUGUCAGUCCAGGUCUGCGAAACUUGCUCGCUGUGCUUCAGCUCACGGUGGAGCGGGGGGGCGUGUCACGGCUGCGGUCACGUUACCAGAGUGUCAACCAGCUGGGGUGGAUGGUGA